AACAUUUGCGGCUAUCCGCCAGCUGUCAGAUGAAUGUAGCACGACAGACUUUCAAUUUGUUAACACAGAUUGUUAUCCAUCGAUAUUGCUAAACGUUUCCGUUAUUGAUGUUAGGUUUGGCUCGUUCUGCGUCCGUUUUGUCGGCUUCAUUAGACGUCACCGACAAUACAUUCCCAUAAAACCUAAUCUUCGAAAACAUUACAAUGGAUCCUUCUAAAACUAUGGAAAUAGGCAAAGACAUCAUCAGCCUCCUUGUAAAGCGACAUAUGAAUUUGAUUGCUGAAAGCAUUCUAUCUUUUCUUGAUGACACCAGUUUAAAAAACUGUGAAGCUGUAUCGAAAACUUGGUAUUUAACCAUCAGAAAUGGAAAACUGUGGAAACACCUUUUUAACAGGAUAUCACAGAGGAAGCCACUUCUUCAGACCCUACUGAAACGAAGAGAGCUUGAGGCUAAACAUGACAUGGAAAAAGACGAAUUCCUAUAUAAAAGGUUAUUGAACUGCCAACAUUCUCUCAGCCAGAAUUGGACCUCAGGAAAGUAUUCAUUAUCUUCAGCAAAUGUUGGUGAAGUCAGUGUUUCCAUUGUCGUGAUGGAUGCCAAAAGAAUCCUUUUUGCCCUGAGGACUUCCCCCUCAGUUCCUUCUUCUAUCAUGGUAUGGAAUCGUUGGACUUUGGAGUCAGAACAGUAUCUGGUGGGACACCAGGAAUGGGUAACAGAUUUGCAGAUCUGUGGAGAACUAAUCUUUUGCUCUUAUUACGACGGGACCAUUCUUGUGUGGGACCUGAAAACGAAAGAAGUUGUCCAGCAGUUUCAAGACCAGGAAGUCGUUGACUGGGUCGUCAUUCACGCCGCUCACCAACUUCUCAUCACCUGCACCAGUAUUGCCUCUGGUCCCAGUGACCGUGACACAUCCAUUACCGUCCGUCGAAUCAAGAGCCCAGCUGAAAUGGUCAUCGAAGCCACCGAAGAAAUCCCAAAUUACAAAGUCUGCAAACUCGUCUCGGACGAAAAUUACUUUGCCGUUUUUCUCUCGUCGUCUGGAGGCGAUUGGAUCAAACUGCAGUUGCGCUCAGCUGCUGAUUUCCGCUGUGUCCGUGAGAUGAAUAACCUUAUCCAAGUCGAGGAUAGUUUCGACUAUCACAGCGGCAGAUUGGUGACCGGGUCGUCCGAAGGAGUCAUCAAAAUUUGGAACCCUGAGACUGGAGUGUGCCGACAGACUUGGAAAUCCACCGGCUUGAUCGAUCAGCUUCGCCUCAGUUCCCAGCACAUCAUCGCUCGCCAUUCUGAAGAUACGAAAUUUUUCGUAUGGAAUCUCCCCACAGCUGCCGACUUGAUGGAAAGACAAGAGCCAAACGACUCCGUUCAAAUCGAAACUUGUGAAGAAGUUGGAGUAAUGGACCCGUCCUUUAUUUUUGACGAGCUCCAAAUCAUCAACGUUUCAGUGAAUGAACUGGAACUGGGCAUUCCCAACACGUCUGCAAUGUCGUCUACACUGGUUGUCAGAGACUUUUUGAAACAAUAAUCUUGUCACGCGCCUUUACACAGAAAAACCUUUUAUGUAUUGUAAGCAAUGCAUGCCCUGUUAUAAAUCAAAUUUCGCCCAAUUUUAUUCUUGUCGGCUUGCCCGCGUCAAAUAUGAUAGGUAGGAGGCCUAUUUUAUGUAUUUUGUGCCGCUUCGAUGCCUUCCACAGCUUAAUUAACUCUGUAGGCCACUUGUCAUCAAAUAAAUAAUUAAAUUAAUUACUAACAUUUUCAUGUUGAAACAACGUGAAACUACUAACAAUUGAUAUUCUUAUUUUCAUUGCAGUGCGUGCAUCACAGCCACCUGGCGUUUAUAGGUAUUGCCGUGUUGGAGUCAAUAAAUUAUACAGUCCGGUAUUCUUUAAUGGCCGUUUGAUAUUAAAACUUUGGGUUUACACUUUGCUGCAAGUUUUGAUGUAAGAUUUUAUUUUUGACCGUGAUUGGAAUAUUUGUAUCUCGUUUAUUUAAUACUUGGGUUGACUUUAUAAUUCAAGACAGUUGUGUGUUUACAAAGUUAAAAGAUAACGAGUACUCCCGCAGUCAAACACCAACACUAUAGUGAGCACAGUCGUCUGUUGCUCAAUCUUAAAGUCUAUCAGUUUUCGUUAUCAUUAAAGUCAAAUCGAGAAAAAAGGAUAACGCCUAUACACGCCAAUGUAUGUGGAUCGGUUACAACAACCAAAAGAAAACAAGAAAAACAAAGUAGUAUAACGUCCUGGUUGCGCCGACGAGUGUUCACCUCGUUAUUUAUAAAGUGAAAAAUGGUAUGGGUGUGAGUUGGAAUAAAAAAUUUCUAUUAUCUUUAGUUUACUCCGACGUGACGUCUGAUUGCGCAGCAACAGUAAUCCCGUCAUAUACCAUUGUGAGUGCAGCAACAUCGACUGGAAAUUAUCACAAAGAUGUUGGCCGUUGUACGAGCGUCCCCUUCCAUUUUCCGGGCACUAUCUUGUAGUAGUGUCGUGCGAUCCUUUUCAUCCGGAAGCGAUGGAAGAAAAAUUCAACUUGGAGGCAUCUAUCCACCAUUGACGACGCCAUUCAACGUCGACGAGACAAUCGCCUUUGAUAAGUUGGCUUCCAAUCUCACGAAAUAUGCUCAAAUUCCCUUCGCUGGAUACGUCGUCCAAGGAUCCAAUGGCGAAUAUCCCUACCUGGAAAAAGAAGAAAAAUUGCAAAUCGUCAAGUUCGUCAAGGAUUUCAUCAAGGAAAGCAACAAGCCGUUGAUUGCCGGCUCCGGCUGUGAAUCUACCAAGGCAACUGUCAAACUGACAGAGGCAAUGGCUGACUGCGGAGCUGAUGCUGUGAUGGUGGUGACACCAGCCUACUUCAAAGUCUCGAUGAAUGAUGCUGCCAUGAUUGCCCAUUACACGACUGUUGCCGACUCUAGUCCCGUACCAGUCAUCUUGUACAGUGUUCCAGCUAAUACGGGCAUCGAUUUGAGCAUCGACGCUAUUCAGGUUCUCGCUAAACACCCAAAUAUUAUUGGACUUAAAGAUAGCGGUGGAGAUGUGACUAGGAUCGGAAGUAUCGUCCAAAAGACUCGGGGGCAAGAUUUCAAGGUCCUCUCCGGAUCUGCUUCGUUCCUCCUUCCCAGUUACCUUGCCGGAUCGGUCGGUGGGGUCUGCGCUUUAGCCAAUGUGUUGGGAGACGUUCUUUGCCACAUGCAUUCUCUUUAUGAAAGCAACAUCAUCGAUAAAGAGCUGCAACGAAGGUUGAUUGACCCCAAUAAUAUGGUGACACGGCGUUUCGGAGUGGCCGGAAUGAAAGCAGCGCUGGAUCUGUUUGGGUAUUAUGGAGGACCUAAUCGAUCACCUAUGCUCAGUGCCAGUGCAGAGGCUCGGCAAGUGAUUAAGAAAGCAUUUCUUGAUAAUGAAUUUGUUCCACAAUCCCGGUAACUGUAAAAUAAUAUAUCUCCUGAAGUUAAUCCCACUGCCUAGAUGUACGGGUGCUAUUUUCGGAUCACAAAGAAAGUCCUUCGAAAAUUUUUAUUAGACACAAUAAAAGAAUUUCUUGAAACUGGAAUAAAAGGUUUUUAGCUCUCAAUUUUAUAAAGAUCGUCACGUCCGGCUAUUGAUUUUACAGGUUUAGAAAACGCACACUCAUCUUUCAGCAAGUUUAGAGACCUUAAAAAGUCAAAAUGCAAGAUGGCUUUUUUAUUUAACCAUGAAUCUGUCGGCUGUCACUAGGUGGCUAAGAUAUGUCCGCCAGGUGUCGGAUCGUGAGUGACGAGAUUUCUGUCAGUUGUUUCCGAGACCCUACACCCUAGUCACGUACCUUCUUGGUUCAUUGUCAGUUAAAUCAUGAGGUGUUCUUUGUUCUGAGAGAAAGAGUCGCCAUUUUUAGACCUUUCUAUUUUUUGAGGUUUUGAAUUUUGAUGUUGGCUUAAUUAGCUGGAUUGCCACUUGUGAGGCAUUUCUUAGAAUGUGGACAUGUGGUGGGUUUUAGUUGGUUCGGGUUGGCGGUUCGUGAGCUUGCUAUUAUUCUUGACGAAUUUUGAUGCUGAAAGACUUGCAACCAUGCUGUCGACCACGUCGAGAAGCUGAGUAACAUUCUGCUUUUACAAUGGCACCUCUUAAUAAAAGGAACUUAUUCCAUCCAAUCUAGGGCUUCCAUAAAAUCGUGCAGGCUGCUUGGAAGUUGCAUUCACCUUUGUUGUGAACAUCAUGAACACAUACACUAUUUGUUCAUGUUUACAUAGCAGUGGUGUUGCUGUCCAAUGUGGCGUGUUGUUGCAGCCUAUGGUGGUGAAAGAUAUCUGCAUCAAGUUGCUGUUCCCUGUGCAUCCAAGGGGCUGCUUUUGUGCUACAGAAGUGACAUCCAAUAUUGUGUUUGAUUGCUAUUUGUGUCUUUGCAGUUUACCUUUAUCUAUUGAGAAUGAGAAGGAACAAAAAAAUAGUAAUACGGGGAGGUUUAUGUCAAACAAAUAAUAAACAUGUCCAGGAUGGGGGAAUGAGGAGGAAGUUGGGGUGGGGUAUUUGGUUAUGAUUUACUAAAAUAAGUGAGGUAUAUUUUUAAUGAAUAUGCAGUACUUGGUGAUAAAAUCUGUUGUUAACCUAUCCCUUCCUGUCAACCUAUACCUCCCACUUACAUAUCCAUUCCUCAAACCCAAUAAGCACCAACAUCAAAUCACACUUCCAUUCCUAAAACCCCACAAUCUUCAACAUUAAAUUUACACAAUUGUCGUAUAAAUCAUUUAUAUUUAAAUAAAUAAACUGUCAAUGUA